UCAGAAGGUAGGCGAAAAGAAACUAGAGACGCAUAGAGAGAAUUCCAGGGAAAUCAGACAAAGCGAGAGAGAUGGGAGAUGAAAAUGAAAAAGGAGGAAGGAAGAAGGUGCCGGUAGAGGGAAAGCGGAACAUCCUCAUAACCAGCGCUCUGCCUUACGUCAACAACGUUCCUCAUCUCGGCAACAUCAUUGGCUGUGUUUUAAGUGCUGAUGUAUUCGCUCGUUACUGCCGCCUUCGCGGCUACAAUGUGUUGUACAUAUGUGGGACUGACGAGUAUGGGACAGCAACAGAGACAAAGGCCAUGGAGGAGAAUUGCUCCCCUCAACAAAUUUGUGACAAAUACCACAAAAUUCACAAAGAAGUUUACGAUUGGUUCGGCAUCAGUUUUGAUGAGUUUGGGCGUACAUCAACUCCCCAACACACUGAAGUUUGCCAAGCAAUUUUUAAGAAACUGAUGGAAAACAAUUGGCUUUCCGAGAACAGAAUGCAACAGCUUUAUUGCGAGACAUGUCAACGUUUCUUAGCUGAUCGGCUUGUGGAAGGCACCUGCCCAACACUAGAUUGUAAUUAUGACUCUGCUCGUGGGGAUCAGUGCGAAAAGUGUGGAAAGCUAUUGAAUCCAACUGAACUGAAAGAUCCUAGAUGCAAGGUAUGCCAGUCCAGUCCACAAAUCCGUGAUACAGACCACUUGUUUCUCGAGCUCCCAUUGCUAAAGGAUAAAUUGGAAGAAUAUAUCAAUAACAUGUCCAUUGCAGGAUGCUGGAGCCAAAAUGCUAUCCAAGCUACAUAUGCAUGGCUUAAAGAAGGACUUAGAUCCCGCUGUAUUACCAGGGAUCUCAAGUGGGGGGUUCCUGUUCCACAUGAAAAAUAUAAGGACAAGGUUUUCUAUGUCUGGUUUGAUGCACCAAUUGGUUAUGUCUCAAUCACUGCAUGCUAUACACCUGAGUGGGAAAAGUGGUGGAAGAACCCUGAAAAUGUGGAUCUGUACCAGUUUAUGGGCAAGGAUAAUGUGCCAUUCCACACUGUGAUGUUCCCAUCUACACUUAUUGGAACUGGAGAAAACUGGACAUUGAUGAAGAGCAUUAGUGUUACAGAAUACUUAAACUAUGAAGCAGGAAAGUUCUCCAAGAGCAAAGGAGUAGGAGUUUUUGGCAAUGAUGUGAAAGACACAAAAAUUCCUGCAGAAGUGUGGCGAUAUUACUUGCUAACUAACAGGCCAGAAGUGUCAGACUCAUUAUUUACAUGGGUAGACUUGCAAGCAAAGCUAAAUACUGAGUUGCUGAAUAAUCUGGGCAAUUUCAUCAAUCGAGUAUUGAGCUUCAUCGCCAAAGCUCCAGGAUUAGGAUAUGGGUCUAGCAUUCCUGAUGCUCCAGGUGCAGAAUCACAUUAUUUGACCAAGGCAUUAGCAGAAAAAGUUGGCGCAUACUUAGAGCAAUAUAUAGAAGCUAUGGAGAAGGUUAAACUAAAGCAAGGACUGAAAAUUGGAAUGAGCAUCUCCAGUGAGGGGAAUGGGUAUCUGCAAGAAAGCCAAUUCUGGAAACUUUACAAGGAAGAUCGAGCUUCCUGUUCUAUUGUUAUGAGAACUUCAGUGGGGCUGGUUUAUCUUCUCUCAUGUUUGUUAGAACCUUUCAUGCCAUCGUUUUCACUUGAGGUAUUAAAGCAGCUCAAUUUGCCUCCUGAAACACGGCUUUCUCUUUGUGAUGAAAAUGGAGAUCUUGAGAGGGCAAGAAAACCUUGGGAGCUUCUGCCUGCUGGUCACAAGAUGGGGACUCCAGAACCUUUAUUUAACGAAUUGAGGGAUGAAGAUGUGGAGUUUUUCAGGGAGAAGUUUGCCGGAAGUCAAGCAGAUAGGGUCGUGAAGGCAGAAGCUGAAGCAAAGAAGAUAGUUGAACAAUUGAAGGAAGCAAAAAUUUCAGAUGGUAAUGGAAAGAAACAGAAGUCAACCAAGUCUGGAUCAGAAGUCCAAAUAAAGAAAAGCUGUAAAUCAGAAGUUUCAAUUUCUAGACUUGAUAUCCGUGUUGGCCUCAUCAAGGAAGCUCAGAAACAUCCGGAUGCUGACUCCCUUUAUGUGAAAGAGAUAGAUGUUGGUGAAGUAGCAACCCGAACCGUUGUUAGUGGCCUUGUCAAACAUGUACCUCUUGAAGAAAUGCUGAACCGAAAAGUCUGUGUCCUUUGCAACCUGAAGCCAGCAACCAUGCGGGGAGUCAAUUCACAAGCAAUGGUUCUUACUGCUUCCGACAAGAAUGGCACCAAGGUUGAAUUGGUGGAACCACCCCAUUCUGCUUCAGUAGGAGAAAGGGUGACAUUUCCUGGUUUUGAAGGCAAACCGGACCGUGUUCUCAUCCCCAAGAAAAAGAUAUGGGAAACACUGCAAUCGGACCUGCACACUGACGUACAACUGUUUGCUUUCUACAAAGACGUGCCUUUCACAACAUCAGCAGGCGUUUGCAAGGUUAAGUCAAUAUCUAAUGGAGUGAUAAGCUAAUUGGACACACGUCUCUUCCUGGAAAUUAAGUAUGGUUUGGCAUAAUAAUUUGUAGCAUGUAAUUGAUGUUGGCUUGUGUAGUUCCUGAAAACUUGUGAAAUAGUAUUAGGUAAUUUUAGUUCAA